CCUCACUGCAUUCAACAGCUGACUUGUGUAGUAGAGGACGACGACAACUCUGCACUUUAAUGUCGUAGAUAAAUUGCGUAGUUUAAUUUCUUAUUCCCGUUGUUGUGGUGACAGAAACUUGGACCAUCACAAUGUUUAAGUCAGAUCUCCCUCCAACUUAUGAAGAGUCGAGGCAGCAGGCAUAUGGUCAACAGCAGCACAGCAACUAUCCAUACCCUCCAUAUGGAUAUCCAGCUCAGACAGGGGUGUACCCUGGUCCAGGGCAGCCUGGCAUACACCCCCAGUCUGGGCUUUGGCAGGGUCCUGGAUACUCCUCACCAGCAAUGCCAGCUUUCAUAACACAAGGAAUGUGUUCACCCAACCCUAAUGAUACAAUGGGCAUCUCAUCAUCUGGCAUGUGGGACAGCAUGAGUGUUCGACAUGCCUUCAUAAGAAAGGUCUACCUUAUUUUAGCUGCCCAACUAUUUAUCACUGCCUCAAUCAUUGCAGUGUUUGUAUUUGUUGAGCCUGUGCGUCUUUUUGUGAUCCAAAAUCCUGCCAUUUAUUGGGCAUCAUUCCCGGUGUAUCUUGUUACUUAUCUUACGCUGGUUUGCUGUGAAGGACCAAGGAGACGUCACCCAUGGAAUUUAAUACUCCUUUUUAUUUUUACCCUUGCCUUGUCUUUCAUGACAGGAACCAUUUCAAGUUGUUUUGACACUAAAGCAGUGUUUCUGGCUCUGGGGAUUACAGCAAUAGUGUGUGUAAUUGUCACAGUCUUCUGUUUUCAGACCAAGGUUGAUUUCACCUCUUGUAAUGGUCUUCUAUGCGUUUUGUGUGUGGUUCUCCUGGUAACUGGCAUUAUAACAUCAAUUGUACUCUCCUUUCAGUAUGUACCUUGGCUGCACAUGCUGUAUGGUGCUUUUGGAGCAAUAGUCUUUACAUUGUUUUUGGCUUACCACACCCAGCUGCUCAUUGGAAAUCGAGCAAACACCAUCAGUCCUGAGGAAUAUGUGUUCGGUGCUCUUUCGCUCUACGUUGACAUUGUCCAAAUCUUUAUCUUCCUUCUUCACAUCACAGGAAGUUCUUCCGAGUAAACCCUUGGUUUUUGUUUUAAGUGAUAUUGAUCUUCAAGCUUUUUGACCUCUUACCUCAUAGUGCGUGAAUGAUAAAAUGUAUCUUCAUCAGUGGUGUGCAUUUCCAAUAUCACUUUAUUGAUUAUAAUGCGUUAUUACAAUGUUAUUUUGUGUUAUGUUGCUCAAACUUUUCAACAUUGACUGGUAAACUUUACUUGCCUUUAUGUGCACUUUAUUAUUUAUGUUCCAUCGGUUUGUUUUAAAGGAACUAAUGUAAGUGUGUGUAUACUAAGAUUGAUAAGAUGAUUUUUCUAAUGUAAAUGAUGUUGCAUAUAUCUUUAUUAACCAGAAGCAAAAUAAAAUGGGGACACUAUCAGCAAGCUGUCAGAUUUAAAAUAAGUUACCCAUGAUAGAAAAAUUUAAAAAUAUGUAAUCCUACCUCAGCUUAAUAUGGAGGCUAAUAUAAGUAGGCCAUUAAUAUGCAAACACUGUAAAGGAAUGGACACGUUGGCGAAACGUUUGAGGCUAUAACUGCAAGCUCAACUAAAAUUGGACAUAUUUUAAAACUUCAUACAAACCAUAAAACGCUAUUGUCAUGUCUUAACUCAUUAAUCUUACAAAAAAAUCAUUAAAUUCAAUACUGAGCCUGCAUGAACUUUAGAAUCCCGCCAAGUCUGAACUCAACUAAACCCGAACCAAAUAAAUAUUGCAUGUCUGAAAAAUAACAUUAAUAUGAGUAUAGACAGAAAUGGAAAGUAAUGUCAUUGUUUGCAUGUAUUAUUCUCAGUGUUCUUCUGUUAUUCAGCCCUGCAGCUCACCUCCCGAGUUUCAGAUCAGAAAUGAUGCAUUCACGAUGGGAUACAUUUGCAUGUUUUAGCAAUUUAAUCGAGUAUGAAUAGAAAUGCUGCUCUCAGUCACAUUGUGUUUGUUUAUAUGUUUUCCCAUUGGAGUCUGGGUAAUACUGACACAUGGUGGGAUUCGCGAUCGCAGGAAAAAUCUAAGCACGUUGAGGAACACAUUAACAUUUACUCAGAAACGUAGCUGCUUCAGGCUGCUGCAUUGGCCUCAUUUACAGUCACUGUGGACCACAUACUUAUUAUAAAAACUAAGAUGCUGAUAAAUCACCAGAAGUGAUGUCAUUGAGAAGUCAGAACUUUGUGUAAAAUACUGAUUAGUUCAAAGAUGUUCAGAUGUGUAUGAUCAAGUUCACUUUAAGGUGAAUGUGCUAUAUUAUAAUAUCUAAAUAAUUUGCUUAAAACUCUUCAUCUGUAACCAACAAAACUAUUAAACCAAUAAUGGCUUAUUCUAAAAAUAAUUUUGACAAACUACAUAUCAUUCAUAUUUCAAAACCUUUUUGUAGUAAGUAAUUAUAAUGCAGUGACUGUAAUGUAUUCGUUUGUGACAACAGUUUGCAGCAAAUCUGACGACACCUAGUGACCUUUGUUGGUAAAACCACUUAAAAAGUGAGAACCAUUUUGGUGCUUUUUAGUUGAAUUUUUGAUCAAAACUGAUCGAGGCUUACGGCUUUAUUUUUUUAGCAUUUUGAGCAUAAAAC